GCUCGGGGCCGAGAAAAGCGCGGCGGGAGCCGGAGCGGCGGGAGCGCGGGGCGGCGAUGCGCCUGACGCAGAGCAUGUGCACCAUUGCCGAGGGCGCUCCCGGCGGGGAGGGCUGCCCCGCCAGGGCCCGCCUCGUCAAGAUCGCCGUGGUGGGGGGCAGCGGCGUGGGCAAGACAGCGCUGGUGGUGCGGUUCCUCACCCGGCGGUUCAUCGGCGACUACGAGAGGAACGCAGGUAAUCUCUACAGCAGGCACAUCCAGAUAGAUGGAGAGAUGUUGGCCAUUCAAGUGCAAGAUACUCCGGGAGUUCAGAUCCAUGACCACAGUCUGGAUUGUAACGAGCAGCUAAACAGAUGCAUUCGCUGGGCAGAUGCCCUGGUGAUUGUCUUCUCCAUCACAGACUACAAGAGCUAUGAACUACUCAGUCACCUUUAUCAUCAUGUUCGACAGUUGCAUCCAGGAAAUGCAGUCCCUGUUGUCAUUGUAGCAAACAAAGCUGACCUCUUGCAUGUCAAAGAGGUGGAGCCUCAGCAUGGACUUCAACUGGCCAACAUGCUGGGCUGUACUUUCUACGAAGUAUCUGUCAGUGAAAACUAUAAUGAUGUCUUCAAUGCCUUCCAUCUCCUCUGUAAAGAAGUCAGUAAACAGCAAACAACCAGCACCCCCGAGAGAAGGAGAACCUCUCUUAUUCCACGGCCAAAAUCACCCAACAUGCAGGAUCUGAAGAGAAGGUUUAAGCAAGCUUUGUCUGCCAAAGUGAGGACUGUCACUUCUGUUUGACAGCAGAGCUGUUGGUCUUCCCAACAUUUAGGCUGAGUUUGAAACAAGGGGUGUUUAACAUUGGCGCAUCUAGAGUCUAAGGCAUUAUGAAAGAAGGAUGGCUCAGAUAGCUUUUUGCAUGGCUAUAAAGCAAGGAGUUACUUAAAGGAGCAGUAGCAGAUUGGAAAAGGGGAGAAAAAAAACCCAAAUCUCUUGAAAUGGUUCUAGGAUGUGACUUGUA